GCUCAGAGGCAGUGUGUAGUGAGUGUUUAAUAGUCCUGUCAUGACUGACUGCUCUGCACUUUUGUUCCAGCGAUGCUGCGGGGUGUGUAUGUGUGUGUGUGUGGUGUGUAUCUCUAUUAACGACCUCUGCUUCCUGCGAGAUGAAUCCUGCACUUAAAGAUUUUGAUGUUUACUUCCCAAAGAUUGAUGGCUAUCAAUAAACGAUGGCCGUUGAGUAAGAUGAUCAAUGUGAGGAAGACAAUUGACACCGCGUAAUCAAUUUAAAAAGGAAAAAUAAACCUUGGUUUCAGUGGAUGGCUAAGAUGUCUAGGUGUGUCUCUGCAUGCCUGUGGUUGGCUGUGGUACUGCUCCCUACACUGCAAGCUAGAGUGACUGCCCCAGCUCACCUGCAGGCGAUGCUGGGCCGCCCUGUUAUUCUAAGCUGUAAUGUGACCAUAGAAGGUGGUGAAGUCCUCAAACAGGUUCGCUGGCUGGAUUUUCACAACAAAAGUGUCCUCCAUUACCAACCUGAGAAGCCUGGCAGUCUCACCAGGCGAGAUGGUGUGGAGCUCAUCAACCAGCAAAUGCACACAAGCGCUAUUUCCAUUGAGUUGACCAAGCCGGGGGAUGAAGGCUGCUACACAUGUGUGUUUGAUGUGUACCCAUCUGGCCAGCAGAGGGGGAAGACUUGCCUCAUUUUAAAUGCAAAAGCGGAGUCAGUGGGCAACAAGACAGCAGUGCACGGGAAGCAUGUGACACUCUCGUGCACUUACCCACUCGCCAGCAGGGUCCGUCAGAUCCUAUGGAGUAAAACGGCGGAGCAGGGUGACACUGCCCCCGUGGCCUCGUACACCUUGAACGGCAAACUGAACGUGGAGCUGCCAUUCCAGGAGCGGGUGAAGCUGAGCCAGACGUUGGGACACAGCCAGUUAACCAUCGACCCCGUUCACAUGGAGGAUGAGGGAUGUUACACCUGUGAUUUCCACACGUACCCGGAGGGCUUGAGGAGUGUCACAGCAUGUCUGGCUAUCUAUGUCCUGCCCAGACCCGAGGUGAGCUACGCCACCACGGACAAAGGAGUAAUCCAGGCCAACUGCACAGCCGUGUCUCGUCCUCCUACAGAGCUCGUCUGGAAUGUGGAGGGUCAUAACCGCACUCUGGCGCCCUCCGAGACCUCGGUUUACCAUCAGGGAGACGGCACUACACUGGUGGUCACCACCAUAGAGUUUCAGUCGCAACUGCUGGACGAGGAGCAAGUCACAUGUACGGCGCUCCAUCAGGGCCUGGAGACGAGUAUUUCUGUAGCCCUGAACAAGGCUGGAUUUAAGAAAAUUAUCAUCAUCUCAGCGGGACUCGCAGUGCUCGCGCUGCUCAUAUGCCUGUGUUUGUGCAUGAAGAGGCGAUAACGACGUACUCCGAGAUGACUGAGAUGAACCCAACAAAAACGCUGCUAUGACUGGAGAAAGCCACAGUCUGUCUUAUAUAUAUAGUGUUUUAUGAAUGUACUAAUGAGCGUAUGGUUUUUCUACGGCAUUUAAAUGGUCAUUUCGACUAAAACGCUAUCACUGGAAACACUAAGCUUCUUUCUGUUUUGAUGUAUUUUCACUUUCAUUAUGAAUUUCAUUGAACUAAUGAAACUAAUCUGAUUAGUAAUCUUAUUGUUGGCAUUGUUAAUGUUGAUUUCAAAAAUGUAAUAAUAAUAAUAAUAAUAAUACAAUAAAUCCACGUUUGUUUUUU